AUGAGGCAAAGGGAACUUCUGGAGUUUAGAACUCCCCAGCAUCCUUCUUUGGGAACCAACAACUGGGGCGGUGCUUCUCCAUUGCUAGCAAGAGACAUACCAAAGGAGUCGCUCGAACAAAGGUAUUCACGGCUAUAUUUUGUUCGCAAUCGAGAUGAGAUCUUUCUCACACACGGUGAUGUUUUCCAAUCUCAAGCAGCCAAACAUGAACAAGCCCCCACCCCUAGCCGCAGAAGCAGAGGUUUCCUAUUGAAGCUUAUGUUUCCGCAGAAAGAGACAGUGACGUUGGGUACGAAUUCGAAUAGACGGCGAUGGUUUCCGAGGUGGGAUCCCAAAAAUAGGUGGCCUCAAGGGGUGGUGCUACAUGGAUUACACCAGAUACUGAGAAGUCUCUGUCUCAAUACUGAGUGGAAAUACGCCGUUUUCUGGAAGCUUAAGCAUCGAGCUCGAAUGGUGCUGACUUUGGAGGAUGCCUACUACGAUAAUCAUAACCAACAUGAUCUUUCAGAGAAUAACUGUUUCCGAGAUUCACUAGAAAACUUACACGGUGGACACUAUUCACAUGACCCCCUUGGUUUGGUUGUGGCAAAGAUGUCUUAUCAAGUAUAUUCACUAGGGGAAGGGAUUGUUGGACAAGAGGCAGUUUCUGGAAAGCAUCAAUGGAUAUUUGUAGAUAAGCAUGUUAACAGCUCCUGCUCAUCGCUUGAGUUAUCUGAUGGUUGGCAAAGUCAGUUUGAAGCAGGGAUCAGGACCAUUGUUGUUGUUGCUGGUGUUCCACAGGGAGUUGUGCAGCUUGGCUCCUUAAAUAAAGUAUUUGAGGAUGUGAAGCUUGUGAGUCACAUUAGAGAUGUGUUCUUUUCUCUUCAAGAUUUUUAUCUAGGGCAUAUUGCCAAUCCGAUAGAAUGUAGCAUGAAAAGUUUAGUUUUUGAGCCUGGAUUCCAUGCAAAACUAUUAGAUUCAGAAGUUAUUUCUUUAGAUAAAGCUGUAGACGAAGAAGGGCCGGGUUUUUCGUUGCCUGAGUUUUCACAUUGCCAAAAAGGUAGUGAUAGUUCAUUUGUUUUUCCACUGGGGAGUAAUCAUCAUAAAAGGACAGUUGAAGUGGAAAAUAAGCAUGACGGGCAUGGGUUAUCCUCAGCAGGGAGUGAUGAGACUGCUAAAUUGCUGAAUCCAAGUUCAAAUGUUUCGAACUUGGAGCAUUUAAAUCAGUUGGGGAGAAAUUUGAUAAACAAUGGGGUAUGCAAAGGGAAGACUAGUGGGUGGAAAAGUUCAAGUAUGGGACCAGAAAAUGUUUACGCGAACCAUCCUGUUGUAGGUAGUACGGAUUUAUUUAAUGUUGCACUUCAAGCUGAACAGUAUGGAGCUGAUUAUAAAUACUACUCAAACUUACUUCAAUCUGCAAUUAGCGGUGCUGUUAAGUUGGGUGGUUUGAAUUUUUAUCAAAAUGAAGUGUUAGACACUCCUGAAUCUUCAGACAUAAAAUUUCAAAAGCAUUUGAAGUUGGGGAAUCAAAAUGAUUUCAGUGAUUUAGACUCUAUAAGCACUUCCUCGAAGUUUUCUGCUGGGUAUGAGCUUUAUGAAGCACUUGGACCAACGUUUUUAAGAAAGAGUAUAUAUCCUGAUUGGCAGGUAGAGAAUACAGAAGCUGGAGCUAAUAUUGAAAUGCUAGAGGGGAUGAGCAGCAGCCAAUUAACUUUCGAAUCUGGUUCAGAGAAUCUCCUAGAGGCCGUUGUAGCAAAUGUUUGCCAUAGCGGCAGUGAUAUCAAAAGUGAGAGGUCAUUUUGCGGAACCGCACCAUCAUUGGUGACUACUGGAAAUACACCAAAGCUUUCAGGCCAAACAAAACAUACUAUUAGUUCAGCAGGUUAUUCAAUUAACCAGUCCUCUCCCAAGGAAAAAAGCACAGAGCAAUGCUUGAGUUCGUCAACUCUAUGUGGUGCAUUGUCUUCAAGAGGGUUUUCUUCUGCUUUCCCUAGCAACUGUAGUGAGAAGUCUUCAGAACCAGCUAGGAACAACAAGAAGAGGACUAGACCUGGCGAAAAUCCCAGGCCUAGGCCUAGGGACAGACAACUUAUUCAAGAUCGUAUUAAGGAGCUAAGGGAGCUUGUACCUAAUGGGGCAAAGUGCAGUAUUGAUUCAUUGCUGGAGCGCACAGUCAAGCACAUGGUCUUUCUUCAAGGCAUCACGAAGCAUGCUGAAAAGCUCAGUAAAUGUGCUGAAUCAAAGAUGCCUCCCAAGGGAGCUGAUAUGCUUGGAUCAUCCAAGUAUGAACAAGGUUCAAGCUGGGCAGUGGAACUGGGAAGCCAUCUAAAAGUUUGCUCAAUAGUAGUUGAGAAUGUAAACAAAAAUGGCCAGAUGCUCGUAGAGCUGUUGUGCGAGGAAUGUAGUCAUUUUCUCGAGAUAGCAGAGGCCAUCAGAAGCUUGGGCCUGACAAUUUUAAAGGGGGUUACAGAAGCACGUGGUGAGAAGACUCGGAUAUGUUUUGUGGUUGAGGGACAGAACAACAGAGUUAUGCAUAGAAUGGACAUCUUAUGGUCACUUGUGCAGAUUUUGCAAUCGAAGGCUACGAGCUAGCUGCAAUUGCUUGUCACCUCUUGGAAUUAGUAAUAUUGGCUCCCACUGUAACAUAUUGUGAGUGGUUUGUGAUUUUAGAUUGCUUUAUGGUUUUUGCUUCUUGUCUUUAUCUUCCAGUCCCCUAAAAGAAUAUAUGAAGUAGGGGAAAGGAAGAGAACAUCCUUG